UCCGGUUCCGGGCGCGGCGGCGCCAUGAAGGAGUGCGAGUACCGGCAGAUCCCGCCGGGGGGGGGCGGCCCCGGGGCCGGGUGCGAUCGCCUCCCCGCCGCCGCCCCGCCUCGGCCCGGUGCCGCCCGCGGGCCCCGCCGCAAGUGGGAGGUGUUCCCGGGCCGCCCCCGGUUGUGCUGCGGCGGGCGGCUCCUGCUGGCCCGGCACAGCGGUGUCUUCGCCCUCACCCUCGGGCUGAUCGUGGGCACCAGCGGCCUCUUCUUCGCCUUCGAGCAGCAUGGGGACCUCUACUUACCGCCCGCCAGCCCGCACGAUGGAAGUGGUCAUCAACAACCUUCAAGCGCCACAGAUCAGAUGGGGAGGAUGAAGCCUCAGCCGUAUGGAGGAACCAACGCCCCCCCACAAGAGCAGGGAGCUCAGGCGGGGCCACAGCAAGGACACGGCUCUCCAGGACAGCCCGACGGGUCACAGACUGCUCAGCAGCAGCAGUCUGCCUCCUCCCAGCAGCGCUUCCUCUCUCCUCAGGAUCUAAUUUGGUUACGGAGGCUACUGAAAAAGAAGAUGCCGAACUCAGCAUGGAGGCGGGUAGAGGGGACGUCUGGCGUCUUGAUCAGGAGAAGACGGGUUCUUGUUCUUCCAAGCCGGGCUGGCGUGAGAAGGCGGGACCUGUCUGGCUCAAUAGAUGAUGUCCCCGUGGGGACGGAAGGAGCCCUGAGUCCUGGAGUAAGCACGUCAGGGAUAUCCAGCAGUCAAGGAGAGCAGAGUAACCCAGCUCAGUCUCCUUUCUCUCUGCAUACGUCUCCUCACCUGCCAGGCAUCAGAGGACCCUCCCCAUCCCCGGUCAGGUCUCCAGCCAGCGUUGCUCAGUCCCAUUCGGAUCCGCUUUCACCUGCUGCAGUACCAGGAGGCUCUCCUGGGCAGCCAAACCACAAUGAGAUGUCCAAUGCCAACUAUCCCAGUCUGGGAAUUGGAAGAAGCCUGAACCCAAUGAUAGCACAAGAAGCAGCUGCUGCUGCCAUGCACACAGCUGCCAACUCCAUCCAGACCAGGCCUCCUGGUUAUCCCAACAUGAACCAAGGAGGAAUGACGGGCAUUGGAGCUCCUUCUGGCCAGGGAAUUAACUGUCUGGCCCGCAUGAUGAACCCCCAGGGCCCGCCCUGUGCGAUGGGUGGGAACGUGUCUAACAACUCCGCAGGGAUGGCGGCAAGCCCUGAAAUGAUAGGCCUUGGGGAGGUCGAAUUACCAUCUGCAUCUAAAACGAAGAAUGAGGCAGACGGGACACGAAAAGCAGAAUCCAAGUCAAAGAAUUACAAGCGGCCGAUGGACGGCGACUACGGCCCACCCGCCAAGCGGCACAAAGGAGAUGUGCAACGUCCCAUAUAGCACCGGGCAGGGGCAGACGCCGCAGCAGCUGCCUCCAGCGCAGAGCCAGCAGCCGAGCCAGCAGCCAGCGGCGCAGCCAUCUCCACAGCAGGACCUGUAUAACCUGUAGGGGAGCACCUUCUCCGCUGCUGACCGUCACUCUGCUGCUCAACUGAUAGUUUAUUUGUUUCCUCAUUUUCGUUUUCUUUCUAAUAGAGGUGUGAAAAAGUUCUAGGUUCAGUUGAAGUUCCUGAUGUUCCACGUGUUAAGAAUAAAUAUACAUUAAAUCUUGGUAA